AUGAGCCUUUCUUCCUAACAACCUACAGACGAUGAACAGGAGCACCAAAGUCUCUCGGCCCCCAGUCUCUUCGUCAGCUGGGUCCGCCUCGUCGGGCGAGACGGCGAGCAAUGCCGUCUCGACGCUGAUCAAGUCGUACAGCGACAACACCCCGGCGCGCCUCAAGCUCAUCGACAGCUUCCUGCUCUUCCUCAUCCUGGCUGGCGUCCUGCAGUUUGCGUACUGUGUCCUAGUCACCAAUUUCCCUUUCAACUCGUUCAUCGCCGGCUUCGCAUCCACUGUCGGCCAGUUUGUUCUGCUUGCCUCGCUCCGCAUUCAGGCAAACCGGGCAAACGAAAAAGAUUUCCCCAGCGUCACGCCAGAGAGAGCAUUCGGCGACUUUCUGUUCGGGUCAGUCGUCUUGCACUUUUUCGUCGUCAACUUCUUGGGAUGAGAGAGCAUGAACACAGACGAGAUGGGUGUUGUAUUUUAGAGCAAAGGCGUAAACACAUGAUAAAGAUUACUUCUGCCACCGCCA